AUGAAGCGCAAAGCGGAUGAAGACGAGGAUUUCCAGCGAGGAGGGGCGACGGCCGACGCGGGCGAGGCCGCUGAAGCUCCCGAGCGCGCAGAGGCUUUCAGGAAGCCGAAGGACAAGACAAAGGCCAAGAAGGCCAAGCUGGAAGAUUUGGAAGAAGUCCACGUGCCUUUAGAAGUUCAGCGUCGUGUGAGACGCUUCCGCACAGCAGACUUGGCGGAAGGCUCGCUCGUGCUGGCCUGCGUGCGGGACAUCUCGGAAGAGGAUCUCACAUUGUGCCUAGCUUACAAUUUGCUCGCGUACGUCCAGCGCGCUGAGGCCACUGAUGGUUCAGCGGAAAUCUCGCGCAAAAGCCUUGCAGAGCUGUACCAGCCCGGAAAGCUCGUGGUCGCUGUUGUCCUGACUGUUGGCGAGAUGAAAGGGCAGAAGUUGAGAAUCGAAGCCUCUCUACGUCCAGCUUUGGUGAAUGCAGGUUUGACUGCAGAGCACCUCCGUAGAAACAUGUGGCUGCCGGCCACCGUAGCAGGAGAGGAGGAGCAUGUGCUGAAGGUAGACUUUGGCGUCAACAACCUGACAGGUGUCCUGAAGAAGAAGGAGCUUGCAGGCGAGAGGCUGCCAGAUGUUGGAUCAAUUCUGAUGGUGGGUGUUCUAGCUGUUACCUCACUUGGUACAGUCCGCUGCUCGUCAACAUGCGCAGAACCUCUAAGCGAUGAUGCCAUGGACAUCGCCCUGCUAAAAGCAGGGUCGCUUGUCACUGCCCGGGUUCGAAAGAUCUUCUCAGGAGAUUCCAUAGAAAACGGGCUAUCAGUGACCUUCUGUGGCGCGGUGUCAGCUACCAUUCACGGCCACCAUGCAAGUCACGCAGGUGAAGUCGAAGAAGACUGGAAGAAGAAUCAGCGUCUUGUCGCGCGAAUCCUAGCUGUGCUCCCUGGUGACCCGCCCAUCAUCCACUUGACUUUGCUUCCGCACCUUCUAGACUGGAAGCAGGAGACCCUGUCUCAGCAAGCAGCCAUUGGAGAUUUUUUGAGUGGCGAAGUGCACGAUUUUCAGACAAAGUAUGGCUGCAGGGUGCUAUGCCAAGGCAAGUCAAAAGGAGAGCUCUUUGGUUUCUGCCCCGCAUCCAGACUGUCAGAUCCAGAUGUGGAAGUGAAAGCCGUGUCUGUGCAAACAGGGAACAAAGCCACCUACAGAGUACUCUCAUACAAUUUCAUGGAUGGAGUGGUCGUCCUCACAAGGAGAUCCUCUGAUCUCAAGAAGGACGUUAUAGUGUCGGUGUCCGAGCUCUCACCCGGUCAGCUGGUGUCUGGUGUCGUCACCCGAGUUGCCGAACACGGCAUACACGUCAAAAUCAGCGACUACGUGUCAGGGCACGUGCACCUGAGACAGCUGACCGACGUGCCCCUGGCCGCUGUUCCAAAACGCUUGCAGGUGGGUUCCAAGAUGAAGUGUCGUGUCCUUCAUGUCCACGCAGCAAGAAGGCAGCUUACAUUGACUGCCAAGAAGUCCAUGGUCAAAAGCGAGUACCAGCUGACGCAGAAUUCUAUGGCAAGGCCAAACAUGCUCCUGACUGGAUACAUCAGCAGCAUCCAUAAUUACGGAGCCAUUGUCAGCUUCUAUGGUGGUGCGUUUGGCUUGAUCCCCACCAAAGACAUGGAGGCUGAAGAGGCUCCUGCGUUGGGGAUGGCUGUCCAAUGUCGAGUUGCCUUUGUUGAUGUGAAGCGCGACAGAUUGGGUCUCACACUCAACCUGGAGACAGGCGUCGCGGCCCAGGAGCUUGCGGAGGAAGGGGUGACUUUCGGCGAAGUCCUCAAGAAGCAGGCAGCUGAGAAGCGCCUCAAACGAGCAGAAGCCGGCGAGGUUUCCAUGAAGGAUGGGAAGCCCCGACGAGAACGAAAAGAUGUAAAGCUGGCUCAGAUCAAGGACCCUGAGAAAGAACUGCAAUCCGGGUCGCUGCUCAAGAUGAGGAUCCGUGCCAUCCAUGGCCUCCAGGUAUUUUGCACAGCUCCCGUGGGCUUGCGUGGCCACGUGCAUGCCACUCAGCUGGUGGAUUUGGACGAUGUGGGCAGUGGGGGAACCAUCCCGCUUCAGGACAUCCCCGAAGCAGGCAUUGUACGCACCAGGCUGCUGAGAUUACACAAGCGCACAAGAUCAGCAAAGGAGAAGAGCAAAUCCCGGAAGGGCCUUUUUCACCUGGAGCUGACGUGCCGACCGUCUCUGAUGGCGCCCAAGGACAGAGACGAGUACGAAGCUGCCGCAGUCCGACGUCAGUCUUUGAAGCCAGGUUCCAAGGUAGCUGCAGCCAUCUUGGCUGUACAGAAGAACGCCCUGAUGGUGGAGGUGGCAGAUGGCUUGAAAGGGCGGAUAUCAUUGCUUGACAGCUCGGCAGAUCCCUCGGUUCUGCGGCUUCCUGCACAGCAUUUCACUCCAGGUCAGGUCUUUCAGACGCGCAUAAUUCAAUCCAGCAGUGCCCACAAGACACUCGACUUGUCCUUGCUGCCACUGAAACAGUCUCCUGUCCUGGCGCGUCUCCAGAAGAUCCACGAUCAGAUCCACCAAGGUGUGGCAGCAGAUAUGGAGCUGCCAAAUAAAUGCUGGGGAAAGGUGCACAUCACGGAGGUUUUUGACGUGUGGACUCAAAAUCCGACUAGGAGACUCAGCCUUGGCUCCUUCUACGAAGUGGCCGCCCUCACAGAGCUUGAGCCGGGCAAACGCGUAGAGGUGAGUUUGCGCCCAUCUCUUGUGCACGGCCACAAGGAAGCAGCUGAUGAGAAGCGACCGGCCUCUGCUGCGGAUCUUGAAGUGGGCCAAAAAGUCUCGGGAUAUGUGGUGAGCUCUGGUCCUCAAGGCGUUUUUGUGGCCUUGAGCCGGACUUUGACGGCUCGCAUCAAGUUGAGGGCACUCAGCGAUGUGCCUGUCAUGAAAGAGGCGAUCUCCAAGAUGUAUCCCAAUGGGACUCUUCUCCGUGACAUGGCAGUUGUGGACAUUGCCAAGGGAGAUGCUGAUCGAGUUGAGCUGUCACUGCUCUCCGGUCGCCAGGGUGCCUUAACAUCUGAACAGCUUGCAGUGGGAGAUUUGGUGUCUGGGUGGGUGAAGGCUGUAGAGGCCUACGGACUCUUUGUGCGCCUUGACAACUCCAGCAUUGAUGCUUUUGUGCACAAGUCUGAGAUCUCUGAUUCUGCAUCGAUUGGUGUGGAAUCCUAUCCUGUUGGCACAAAGAUUGCUCAAGCAAAGAUCUUGAAGCUUGAUGGAAAAAGAGUGAGCUUGACCUUGAAGCCUUCAAACUUCACGGCCGAGGAGCUGGAGGGAGAGGACUCUGAGCUAGACGAUUUCAAUGAACUGCUUGCCUCAGUGAAAUCCUCUGCGACUACCUCGAAGAAUGAGAAGAGGAAAAAACAAGACAGCGAAGAAGAAAAAGCCUUGGGUGCAGGAAGCGAACAGGAAGCACAGGUGAAGAAAAGCAAGAAACAGCGGGUCAAGGCCGCAAAGGAGCAACAGGCACAGUUGGCACAGCCCUCACUGCAGCUAGAUGCAGAGCCUUGGAAAGCAAAGACAGCGAGCAGAGCAGCUGCCUUCGACUUCGCAGAGUUCAAGGUUGAUUCCGGAACAUCAUCUGAUGCGGUCGCCGAUGACGCGGAGGACGAGCAUGAGACCAAGAAGCUGAGCAAGAGGCAGAAGAAGGCUAAGAAGAAGCAGGAGGAUGAAGAGUUGAGGCAGCAGGAGGAGGAGAACGCAGACGGCCGGGAUCCAGAAAGUGUAGAGGACUUUGAGCGCUUGCUCCUCACCCAGGGCGACACCUCUAUCCUUUGGAUCCGUUACAUGGCGUUCCACCUGAAGACCAGUGACCUUGAGAAAGCUCGGCAAGUGGCAGAGCGCGCGGUCAAGCACGUGGGCUUUGCAGAUGGCAAGGAGCGCUUUAAUGUCUGGGUGGCUUUCAUGAACUUGGAGUGCACCUUCGGCACCGAAGCCUCAGCUGAAGCUGUGUUCCGUCGCGCCGCCAGCCACAACGAAGCAAAGCAGGUGUACCUGCAGCUCGCAAGGAUCCAUGAGCGCAACAAGAAGCCACAGCUGGCACUGAAAGCCUAUGAGGCAUGCUCGCGUAAGUUUGCUCACUCCAAGAAGGUGUGGAUUGCUUUCCUCACUUUCCUAUACCAGCAAGGAGAUGCAGAGGGAGCUCGCAAGGUGCUUCCUAAAAGUUUGGCUGCCUUGGAGAAGCGAAAACAUCCGCUGGUGGUUUCUAAAGCAGCACUGCUAGAAUACCAGACUGGCUCCCCCGACCGUGGCCGCAGCAUUUUUGAAGGUCUCUUGGACAGCUACCCCAAGCGCACCGACUUGUGGUCCGUGUACUUGGAUGCCCACAUCAAAGCCUUCACGCCGCCGAGAGUUCCGGAAGUGGACCAUGAGGAGAUCCGGGCGCUGCUUCGACGAUGUUGUUCCAUGUCGCUGAAAGCUACGAAGAUGCGAUUCUUCUUCAAGCGAUGGCUGGACUUCGAGACUCGACACGGGGAUGCCCAGAGCUGCGCCCUCAGACACCGCAGCGCGACCAGCUUGGACAGCAGCUCCGAAGCCCUGCCAUGGAUCACCAUGGUUGCAUUCUGGCCGGGCAACGAAGCACCACUCUUCUCAAAGUUGAACCCUUAUGAAGUGGGCCUGAGCUUCAUCCUAUUACGCUUUGCAGAAGACCAGGGCGAGCAGAUGGUUUUCAUGGACAUCCUCCUAGGGGAAUUGAAGAAGGCAACUCCUGGAAAUCUGAAGACGCUCGCCAAUUUGAGGCACGAACUCUGCCAAAGUGACGAGGGCAUGGAAGCAUGGGAGGCUGUCCAGGCAGGCUUAUUGGCUCUGGACUCUCCAGAUGCUUUGUUUGAGCUGCUGCGAAAUUUGGAGUCUGUUAUUUGCCGAGAGCUGGUGUCUGCAUCUGUCAUGCACUCUAGUGGAGCAUUUGGCCAGCUUGCAAGGCGCCUUGUUCUGGCCUUCAAGCAGUCAAGCUUCGAAGAGAUCAUCAAAGUGUAUGAUGCCGUCCGGGAAUUCACAGACAAGAACGAUGCAGAUUGCAUUACUAGCAGUCCUCGCAAGGAUCCUUGCGGCUUCUCAAAAGAUUUGGAGUCUGCCCUCAAUGAACUUCCUCUUGGUGGGCAUUUGCCUUCCUCCAAAGGCCUGGAAAGUCUCUACGAACAGAAGCUGCCAGCGGCCCAGGUGACUUUCCUGCGAUAUGUGGACAGCGAGCGGCACAGAUUUGCUGACUCAGCGGCAUACCUCCUAAGAUCUUUCCAUGACAGCCAAAGAUCGAGGGCGCUUGAAAGUGAUUGCGAAGCUUCGGGAAUUCAGAAUGCCGUCUUGGCGCUGGCUAAUCUAAGCCUUGAGAUGAGCAACGUGGACGACGCCCUGCAAGCCUUGGAGGAUAGCAUCCGAGCAGCGCAGGAGAGCUCCGAUGCCAACUGUCUUUGUGCUGGCUUGUAUUUGCUCAGCUUGAUCCUUUCACGGUGCAAGCUACCCAGCACUGCAGCGACCCUCCUACGGCGCUGCCUGCAUCGAUCAGAGGCUUUGGGGUUGCCGUUGUUGGAGUGCCUCAGCUGCCUGGCUCUGGCACGGCUCCUGGCAGCAAGAAAUCGAAACUUUGCUGCAGGUCCUUUGGAGGAUUCCUUGCCAGACAAAGGGCAACACGCUUCCAGCUCGCCCUCUCGGGCCUGGACCUACCUGGGAAAGGUCGGGGCACAUCGUUUCGGUAAUGGUUUCGGAGUGCUUGGAGCACUCUCUGCACCUGGACGUGAAGUUUUGGCACAUGUCACUUUGGCCUCCUUGCUGUCAACCCAGGCAGGGUCACUGGAAUUGCUUCGCCCGAAAGUCCUCCUGUGCCAAGCAGGCAUUUCACAAACAUUCGCUCUCAGCUCUUCUGCCAUGUGCUGUCGGAUUGUACUGGAAAUCUACAAAGACAAGCUCAGUGCAGAUGAUCGUGCUAUGGCUCUGUGCCAGCUAGCUGAGAAUGAAUCGCAGGCAGAAGCUCUGAAGUUGGCACAGGAUCUUCCCUCUCGCCAUCAUUGGAUGCAUGUGAUUGGCCCAAAGCUUGGCCAGCACUUGCUUCAAAGUGGUCAGACAGCGGCAAGCUCUGCGCUACUAUUCCAAAUCGCUGGUAUGCUGGGUGCAGCUGACUCUCCCGAUGCCAGGUUACGCUUUCAGAAAUUCAGCCAUAGCUGCCGGCGGCAUGGUGGACACCUGCUUGCGGCGUACCAGUCUGCACGAGAGGCUUUGGGCAAGGAUGGCAAGGCUACACCGGAGCUUUGCGAGAGCCUGCUCGCUUUGACACAAGUGCUAGAGGUGAAUCCCGUACGCGCCUUGGCCUCGUGCGUCCGGUGCGUCUCCAUUGCAGAGGCAGCACGGCUUCAACUCCGUGGUGAGGCUCUGUUACACUUAGCGCGCCUGAAGCUUGAGCUUGGGGAUGUUUUGGGUGCUUUGCAGCUGGCAGAGGAUGCCAGUUCCGCAUGCGGAGCGCAGGAGGGAGAGGGCCUCCAACUAUGGGCUGAGUCCGCCAUGUUGGAAGCCGACUGUUUGCUGGAGCUCUCAAGCCGCAGCGCGAGUAGAAGCGCCAGCAGCAGCCGGCCGCUGGAAGCCGUCGUGGAACGCCUCGCCUCCGCUGAGAAACAUUUUACAGCCCUGGGCUUGCAGAGCUCGCUUCAGCGCUGUCACUACUUGAUGGCAAGGACUUGCCACGAGCUUGGGAGACUGACGCAGCGGGACCGACACGCGCGCGAGCUUCGCCGACUUGUAGAGCCGGUGCAGACAGGAUCAGCGUUCUAUCCGGUCAAGAGCAUGUCCGGUCGAAGGCACGUGAGUAUGUGGAAAGCCAAGCCUGAUUUCGGCUGCUUCGCGAAGAACGCACGGGGCGAGCGUGUCUUUGUUGACACGUUGUUGGCCGCCCUGCUGGAGAAUGCAGAGGCCCACAACGAGGAGUUGCUGGAGGGCGGAAUCACGUCACGUGGACCCAUAUGGGAGAAUCCGUGGGACGACUUGCCCGAAAUGAGAGUAAAGUUGCACCAGCUUGGAACCAUCUUGAAAAAGCUCGAGUCAUACGGCCUUUCUGCCCUCAUCUGUGAGAUGAGUCUGGUUGUUUGGCAACUGAGGGCAUGGUUUACCCUUGGUGCAGGCUUUCUGGUGAUUGAGAUCCUGAAACGGAUCUCCGAGAUGUCUCACAGGCUCCCGAGCACGGAUGGAGCAGACCCCGGCUUGGCAGCGCUCAGAGUCAUCGAAGGAUUUGUCCUUUUCUGCGCUGCUCGGCACAAGAAGCUCCGAAAGGAUGCAACCGCGGCCCUUGAACGGGUCCUGGUGAAAAAGAGGCUGCCACCUUGCACUUCUGUGCGAAUCGAGUCUGCCCUGGUGAGUGUGGGCUGGCAGAAAAAUCUCUUGACCAAGCCGCCGCUGAGCGACACCUCGGGCGAGGACUGGCUGAACGAGCUAGCCAUGGCCUUAAAGCCCAAUGCAGAAGCAGAAGCAAGAAUGGAAAAUACGAGGCACAUGCUAGAAACAGUUGUGCGAAACCUCUUCCCUGGGGCGCGGUGCGACUACUUCGGGAGUGCCGUGAACGGCUUCGAGACGCGCUUGAGCGACAUUGAUGCCGUUAUCGUCUUCACCAAGGAUGAUAUGGAGCGGCUGGCGCAGCAGGCGCAAGGCUCUUCCACGUCCUCAGCGUCGCCGGCAUUAAAGGCAGCCCAUCCAUCCCUCAAGGGAAUGGCGCUUUCGAGGCGUUUGCAGAAGGAGAGUGCGGCUGUCGCUGUUCGAACAAUGGGAGAGGCCUUGGCAAGAAAUGAGGAGUGGGGCCUGGAGGUGAAGGAGAUGGUGACAGAAGCACGGGUACCCGUGCUGAAGUGCACAAGCAGCGACGGUGUGGCCAUCGACAUCACCUUCAACAAUCUUUUGCCUCUCUACAACUCCAAGCUGCUCAAGGCCUAUGCAAGCUUGGAUGAUCGGGUCGCGCGCCUCGGGCGCUUGGUCAAGUUCUGGGCAAAGAGCCGGAUGGUGAAUGACGCCUUGGAGGGCACUUUGUCUUCCUAUUCCCACUGCCUACUUCUGGUCCACUUCCUCCAAAGCAUUUCGCUUCUGCCGAACCUUCAAGACAAAGAAGCAAGCGGCAUGCUAGAUGCUGCGGAGCGUGCCAAGUAUGGGGAGACGGAGCUGUUUGAAGGCGUUCAUGAUGUGUGGUUCUUGGAUCCUGGCCGGCUGCCAAGAGACUCGAAGCACUGGAGAGCUUGGGCAUCGAAGUCUCCUGCAGGGGCUACGCUCAGAGGCUUGUUGGCGAACUUCUUCUGGUAUCUGGCCUAUGAGGUACCUGCUCACUCAGAUGUGCUCAGUAUCCGGCUGUCUGGUCGGGUCCACAAAGAGGUGUACUUUAGAGAGAUGCUUCUCAGAAAACGAGCUUUGGGACAGGAAAGCGAGCCUGUCCUGGAGCCCCUGGACCCCACGGAAGUGGAAGAUGCAUGUGAGGACGAUCCGCACGGCGAGAAUGACGACAAGGAAGCCGAACCCGCAGAGCAUGAAGAGCACCAUGAAGAGCACGAAGCGGAGCACGAACUGCACGAAGAGCACAGAGAGGACCGCGAAAUUCCAGAACAGACAGCAGAAGUUCGUUUUCCAGCCCCUUCUGAACCACCUGAGGACUUGGCGCAGAAGUACAGAUUGCCUCCGGAGCAGCACGAGCUGCAACAGGCAAUGAGCACGCGCCAAGUUCUUUGCAUCGACGAUCCAAUGGAGCUGGGCCGCUCCUUAGGUGUCAGCUUUCAGGGCUUCGAGCGGCUUUGUUUCGAGUGGAGGCGAGCGCACCACAUGCUCUCAGAAGCACGCGGCGAUGACCUCCAGCGUCUCAAAGCGCUGUUCAGCGACAAGUCCGCUCCACCGCGAUCCAUCUACAACCUGGAGAAGCAGCGGAACUUCCCAGAACUGAUCGGACGAGCAGACAGGAGAAGGGAGGAGAAGUGGAAUAACGGUCGAUCCUGGUAUCCUGCGACUCAUUAUCCUGGAAAGGGAGAGCCCGGAACCACAAGCACAGCGUAUCCAGGCUGGCGCGGCCAAAAAGGUGCUGGUGCGCGAGCACCAGAGGAAGCCUUCCACCAUGGAGUUGGCAAGGACGGCCGUGAUGGUAAAGAAGGCAAGGAAGGUGGAAAGCCCAAAGCCAAAGGCCUGAAAGGACAGGCUGAGGGCAAAGGAUUGUGGCAGUGA